AUGGAUGCAUACAUCAGUAAUAACCCAUUCGCAGGCCACCGACUACAAACAGCCAAUGUCCAAGGACUCGAUAACAUCAUCAUCCCACAGCCGCCUCCACCACCAACAGCAAAUACUACGGCAAGAAACUCAGAGCCACGCAGGGUAUCCGCAAAACACCAUCAACUGACAAAAGAGCCAGUUCAACAACAGGCGGUUGCUCCACGGCCAUGGUGGAUGCGUCUGCUGGUUGACGCAGUGUUUGUCCCCUUUGUCCAAGGAUUUAUGCUCAAUCUCGGCACACAUUGGGUACGCAACUGGCGGCGUAACGGCGGGCUUCUAGGCGUAUUCCGCCGUCGUAAACAGCAAUAA